CUCGAGUUGCUCCUGCGUCAGCAGCAGCUGUGAAGGAGAUUGCUGUGGCCUCAAGAAGACGACAGUAAAGACUUCAGCUGAGAGCUUUUAAAGAAGACCAAAAGGACUAGUACAUUUUAAAGCCCUGUGGAAGUAUUAAUCAGGUGUGCAAGCUCAGGGUAGAGAUUCCUCAGUGAGGUAGUGUAUCUUCGCAAUGCGAAGAUGGCGAAGAUGGUCCCUACCACAGUCACCAAUGUGUUCCGCCGCUUCACUCCGGAAUCACUGGCGGAGAUUGAGAGGCUCAUUGAGGAGCAGAAAAUCAGCAAGGAAGUAGAAGGUGUGGAACCAGAGAAAGAGCCAACAGCACCUAGCAGUGACCUGGAGGCAGGGAAGUCUCUGCCCAUGAUCUAUGGAGAUCCACCUGAGGAGCUGCUCAACACACCUCUGGAAGACAUAGACCCCUUCUACAAAGCACAAAAAACAUUUAUUAUAAUCAGCAAAGGCAACACAAUCUACAGGUUUAAUGCAGAACCAUCCUGUUACUUUAUCAGUCCAUUUAACCUUGUGAGAAGAGCAGCCAUAAGAAUUCUCAUACAUUCGCUAUUUAGCAUGUUCAUCAUGAUUACUAUUCUCUCCAACUGUGUAUUCAUGACGAUGAGCAACCCUCCUGCCUGGAGUAAAACUGUGGAGUAUGUCUUUACUGGAAUAUAUACCUUUGAGGCAGCAAUUAAAGUGGUGUCAAGAGGCUUCUGUAUUGGACCUUUUACAUUCCUACGUGAUCCAUGGAAUUGGCUGGAUUUCAUGGUGAUUAGCAUGGCGUACAUCACAGAGUUUGUUGACCUUGGCAAUGUAUCAGCGCUUAGGACGUUCCGUGUGCUCAGAGCUCUUAAAACAAUCACUGUUAUCCCUGGCUUGAAAACUAUUGUUGGAGCUCUGAUCCAGUCUGUCAAGAAGAUGGGUGAUGUAAUGAUUCUGACCAGCUUUGCCCUGGCUGUGUUUGCCCUCAUUGGCCUGCAGCUAUUCAUGGGGAACCUGCGCCAAAAGUGUAUACGCUGGCCAAUUUCAAACAGCACUAUGGAUGACUACAACUCCAACCUGACCUACAACACCACCUUCAUCAACAACACUUUUGACUUUACAGCCUACAUUGAAAGCCAAGAAAACCAGUACUUUCUGGAUGGUAGCUUAGAUGCUUUACUAUGUGGCAACAGUUCUGAUGCUGGAAAGUGCCCAGAAGGAUUCACAUGUAUGAAGGCUGGAAGGAACCCGAAUUAUGGCUACACCAGCUUCGACACAUUCGGCUGGGCUUUUCUUGCUCUCUUUAGGCUCAUGACUCAGGACUACUGGGAGAACCUCUUUCAGCUGACUCUCCGUGCAGCUGGGAAAACCUACAUGCUUUUUUUUGUGGUGGUCAUAUUUCUGGGAUCAUUCUACCUCAUCAACCUAAUCCUGGCUGUGGUUGCCAUGGCGUAUGACGAACAGAACCAGGCCACAAUUGCUGAGGCCCGGGAAAAAGAGGAAGAAUUUCAGAGACUGCUGGAGCAGCUGAAUAACCAAGAGCAACAGUUGCAAGCUGGUAGCAAGGCAUCAUUGGCCAGUCAGACAACUCAGAGUAGAGGGUCAGAAAUGGCAGAUGAUGGGGAUGAUGUAAUAAAGGAUGGUAAUGGUAGGAUUAUUCCCCGUCUGGUCAUCCAUAGAGCCCCAUCUAUGGUAAAGUCAGCACCAGACGAUGAGCAAAAUGCUGACAAUAAGUCAGUAUGCUCCCAGCAUAGCAGGAUGCACCUGGAACAUCCUGAGCUCUCUCAGAGAACAGCCAGUGCCAUGAGUGUGCGCAGCACAACUAGAGAAGAGUUGGAGGAGGCCCAGAGGCCUUGUCCUCCAGGCUGGUAUAAGUUUGCUGACAUCUUUUUGAAGUGGGACUGCUGUGCACCCUGGAUGUUCUUCAAGAAAUGGGUCCAUUUUGUGGUGAUGGAUCCUUUUGUGGACCUGGGCAUCACAAUUUGUAUUGUGCUCAAUACACUUUUCAUGGCUAUGGAGCACUAUCCCAUGAGUCCAGAAUUUGAACAUGUGCUCACUGUUGGCAACUUGGUGUUCACUGGUAUUUUCACGGCUGAAAUGGUGUUCAAGCUCAUUGCCUUGGACCCAUACUACUACUUCCAGGUGGGCUGGAACAUAUUUGACAGCAUCAUCGUCACUCUUAGCCUGGUGGAGUUAGGCCUAGCCAAUGUGCAGGGUCUGUCUGUCCUCAGAUCCUUCCGUUUGCUGCGAGUCUUUAAGCUGGCUAAAUCCUGGCCCACGCUCAACAUGCUGAUCAAAAUCAUUGGUAACUCAGUGGGUGCUUUGGGGAACCUGACUCUGGUGCUGGCCAUCAUUGUCUUCAUCUUCGCCGUUGUUGGCAUGCAACUCUUUGGCAAGAGCUACAAGGACUGUGUGUGUAAGAUCGCAGAAGACUGUGAGCUGCCCCGCUGGCACAUGAAUGAUUUUUUCCAUUCUUUCCUCAUUGUCUUCCGCAUCCUGUGUGGCGAAUGGAUUGAAACAAUGUGGGACUGCAUGGAGGUGGCUGGAGCAGCCAUGUGCCUUGUGGUUUUCCUCAUGGUCAUGGUCAUAGGAAACCUGGUGGUGUUGAACCUGUUCCUUGCCUUGCUGCUCAGCUCAUUCAGUGGGGACAAUCUCUCAGCGGGUGAUGAAGAUGGUGAGAUGAACAAUCUCCAGAUUGCCAUUGGCCGCAUCACCAGGGGCAUUGACUGGGUCAAAUCCUUAAUCAUCAGCAUUGUAUGGCAGAUAUUGUGCAGGAAGCCUCCUGAGGGUGACACAGGGGGAACAGAAUGUGGUGAUACAGACAAAAAAGAAAGUUUUUCAUUAAACCACCUUGAUGAAGGGAAGAUGGCAGAUGGGUUGACUAACUGUCUGGAGGCUCUGACCCUGAAUGUGCCAAUUGCCAAAGCUGAGUCUGAUGUUGAAGAUGAGGAGUCAGAGGGUUCAUCUGAAGAUGAGGAUCCAACCAAAAAGAAGGGUCAGGGUGUUCUCAAUGAUGACUCUUCAGUGUGUAGCACAGUGGACUAUAAGCCUCCAGAAGCCCCAUCUGAGGAAGAGGAGGAAGAGGAACCAGAGCCUGAUGAUCCAGAAGCCUGUUUUACUGAAAACUGUGUGAGACGAUGUCCAUGUCUGAAUGUGGACAUCACUCAAGGAAGGGGAAAGAGUUGGUGGAAUCUGCGCAGAACUUGCUACAUCAUAGUGGAGCAUGAUUACUUUGAAACUUUCAUCAUCUUCAUGAUUCUUCUCAGUAGUGGUGCACUGGCCUUUGAGGACAUUUACAUUGAGCGUCGCAGGGUGAUUAAGAUUAUCUUGGAGUAUGCAGACAAAGUCUUCACAUAUAUUUUUGUAAUAGAGAUGUUACUGAAAUGGGUUGCAUAUGGCUUCAAGACUUACUUCACCAAUGCCUGGUGCUGGCUGGACUUUUUAAUUGUUGAUGUGUCACUUAUCAGUUUAACAGCAAAUUUAUUGGGCUAUUCAGAGCUGGGGCCAAUAAAAUCUCUCAGAACACUUAGGGCGCUUCGACCUUUACGUGCCCUUUCCAGAUUUGAAGGAAUGAGGGUGGUAGUGAACGCAUUGGUGGGUGCCAUUCCUUCCAUCAUGAACGUGCUCCUGGUGUGUCUAAUAUUCUGGCUGAUCUUCAGUAUUAUGGGGGUUAACCUGUUUGCUGGAAAAUUCUACCGCUGCAUUAAUACCACCACAGAAGAGCUUUUCCCCAUUGAGCAAGUGAACAACAUGAGUGACUGCAUAGCACUAAUGCACACUAAUGAAACGCGCUGGGUCAACGUCAAGGUCAACUAUGACAAUGUGGGCUUAGGUUACCUUUCCCUGCUACAAGUGGCUACAUUUAAAGGCUGGAUGGACAUUAUGUAUGCUGCAGUGGAUUCCAGAGAGGUGGAAGAACAGCCAUCAUAUGAGAUUAACAUGUAUAUGUAUCUGUAUUUUGUCAUUUUCAUCAUCUUUGGCUCCUUCUUCACCCUCAACCUCUUCAUUGGUGUCAUCAUUGACAACUUCAAUCAGCAAAAGCAAAAGUUAGGUGGGCAAGAUCUCUUCAUGACAGAGGAGCAGAAAAAGUACUACAAUGCCAUGAAAAAGCUGGGUUCCAAGAAGCCUGUCAAACCCAUACCUCGACCUGUGAAUAUGAUCCAGGGCUUGGUGUUUGACCUCAUCUCUCAGCAGUUCUUUGACAUCUUCAUCAUGGUGCUGAUUUGCCUCAACAUGGUUACCAUGAUGGUUGAGACAGAUGACCAAAGUGCAGAGAAGGAAAAUGUUCUGUACCUGAUCAACCUAAUAUUCAUUGUUAUCUUCACUGGGGAGUGCAUCCUCAAAAUGUUGGCACUGAGACAAUACUUCUUCACUGUGGGAUGGAAUGUGUUUGAUUUCAUUGUUGUCAUCCUUUCAAUAGCUGGACUUAUGCUGUCAGACAUAAUCGAGAAGUACUUUGUGUCCCCAACCCUGUUCCGUGUCAUCCGCUUGGCUAGAAUUGGCCGUGUGCUACGUCUUAUCAAAGGUGCAAAAGGCAUCAGGACGCUUUUAUUUGCUCUGAUGAUGUCACUUCCUGCCCUGUUCAACAUCGGCCUGCUUCUCUUCCUUAUCAUGUUCAUCUUUUCUAUUUUUGGCAUGUCUAAUUUCGCCUAUGUGAAAAAGGAGGCUGGCGUUGAUGACAUUUUUAACUUUGAGACAUUUGGGAAUAGCAUCCUCUGCCUAUUUGAGAUCACAACUUCAGCCGGUUGGGAUGGACUACUGCUACCCAUGCUAAACAGCGGUCCUCCUGACUGUGACCCUGACAUUGAAAACCCUGGAACAGAUGUGAAGGGCAAUUGUGGCAACCCAGGCAUGGGCAUUAUGUUCUUCUGCAGUUACAUUAUCAUGUCUUUCUUAGUGGUGGUGAACAUGUAUAUUGCCAUCAUCCUGGAGAACUUUAAUGUUGCCCAGGAGGAGAGCAGUGACCUGCUAUGUGAGGAGGACUUUGAGAUGUUUAAUGAGACUUGGGAGAGGUUUGACACAGAAUGCACUCAAUUUUUGGACUAUGACCGUGUGUUUGACUUUGUUGAUGCACUGCAAGAACCCUUGCGUAUUCACAAACCUAACAGAAUCACACUGGUCAACAUGGAUCUGCCGGUCGUAAUAGGAGACAAAAUCCACUGCCUAGAUAUUAUGCUGGCCGUCACUCAACAAGUGCUGGGAGACACUACUGAGAUGGCAGCCAUGAGGGAGAGCAUGGAGGCAAAGUUCAAGAUGAACAACCCAAGUCCUGCAUCCUUUGAGCCCAUUAUCACCACUCUGAGGAGAAAGGAGGAGGAGCGGGCAGCCAUUCUGAUCCAACGUUCAUACCGAAAACAUCUCCUCAAACGCGCUAUCCACCACGCCUCCUACAUGCAUCGCUCCAAGAAAAGAAAGGUGAGGCGGCAGGAGGAUGAGGAACCGCCAGAAAUAGAGGGUCUGAUAGCACGCAAGAUGAAUGCUCUCUAUGGCAGCAAUGCAGAACUGGCUAUGGCUCUGGAGCUUAAGUCUAGGCCUAUGCCAGUCAAACCCACUUCACCUGGUCUCACAGUUCCAGUAACCUACCCACGGGCCCAAGGCCGACAGAGAGUAGUGCCAGUAGAAGUCACAAAUGAUCUAGUUCUCCGUUCUGCACCCACAACUAUGCAGAACUCUUCAAGUUCAGAGGUGGCAGCAGCAAAAGAAUCAAUAAUAUAGUAGAGAGACAAUGUUCAACAUUUUUUUGUCUUUUUUAUGCAAAAAGUGAUGUGUUAAACUGAAGUAUCACCUGCACAAAAAGAAACCAUACUGAUGCUCUGCAACACACAUCAAUUUUAUAGAGUUUUUGAGGUGAUGUUUAUUGGCGUCCAGUAAUGAUAUUUUUUUAUCACAAUAGAAUUUUUUCUGCAUCUGUUUUGGAGCUGAUUUGUUUUGUUGAUCAACCUGUUCCAUGCUCAAAAAAUGAAACACUAAUCCUGUGGCAAACUUUAAAUUAGUCAGACUAUUGUUUUCCGUUUCCCCAAAAUCUGCAGUAUUUUUGUGUACUCAUGUUCACCAUUUGAAGUUGUCCACUUCCUGGUGUUAAGACAAAAGUUGUUAGAGGCUUUUUCACUAAAAUAUAUUUCCUCACCCUUCACCCUAGAGCUGCUGUAACUACUCCCUGAUUUGUCUUGGGGCCUCACUUUCCUUUGCACUAUCUUUAGACCCCCAGUUCAUGGCCUGCCAGUUUACAACAGGGAGACAGAAUGAGUAGAAUGGGCUCUGAUCAAUUACAUGGGAGGUAUACUGUCACAUUGGGCACUAUGUGCAACUGCAUAAGGCAUACAUAACCAGUACAGUACAUACUUCCUAUACUUCCUAUAGUGUUUAUUUCGAGUCUCUGAAUGCACUCAGUCAACCAGGUCAUUUAAAAAUGAUUAGGGCUGUUAUAUAAGUGGUGAAAUGUUUUUAAGAACAUAAGUUGCCUUGACUUAAUACCAUUAUACUGCUGUUCUUAUAAUCAUGAAACAAAAGUAAAAAUAAGGUAUGAGAUUAAGAUUCCAAGAGUGUGGCAGAGGUAUUUUUAUGACCAUGGGUGCAAGUGGCAACCUGGUGCAGAAGGGUGUGGUUAAAGUUAAUAUAUUAUGAAGAGGUAUGGCUGUGAUAUUGACUCAGAUAAGCUCUUCUUAUUAGUGUCAGCACAAUUAUGUUGUUGUAAUGACAUACAAUUAAAUGCAUUUUUUUUGUCCUCCCGUUGUGGGCCUUUGCUCACAUGUGCGCGCACUCAUGUUGAUUUUGGCUAAUUCCUCUUCUCUAUGUUGGCAAUAUUUCUGUGCUUAAUUACACGUCAGCUAUCUGGAUAAAAUUAUUCGGUCAGAUAUGCACCGAUCGGCCAUAACAUUAAAACCACUGACAGAUGAAGUGAAUAACAUUGAAUAUCUCGUUACAGUGGCACCUGUCAAGGGGUGGGAUAUAUUAGGCCACAUGUGAACAGUCAGUUCUCAAAGUGGAUGUGUUGGAAAAAAGGGGAAGCGUAAGGAUCUGAGCGACUUUGACAAGGGCCAAAUUGUGAUUGCUAGACGACUGGGUCAGAGCAUCUUCAAAACGACAGUUCUUGUGGGGUGUUCCUGGUAUGCAGUGGUUAGUAACUACCAAAAGUGGUCCAAGGAAGGAUAACCAGUGUACCAGAGACAGGGUCAUGGGUGCCCAAGGCUCACUGAUGUGCGUAGGGAGUGAAGGCUAGCCCGUCUGCGCCGAUCCCACAAAAGAGCUGCUUUAGCACAAAUUGCUGGAAAAGUCCAUGCUGGCUAUGAUAGAAAGGUGUCAGAACACACAGUGCAUUGCACUGUGGGGCUGAAUAGCCGCAGACCAGUCAGAGUGCCCAUGCUGACCCCAGUCCACCGCCGAAAGCACCUACAAUGGGCACAUGAGCAUCAGAACUAGACCAUGGAGCAAUGGAAGAAGGUGGCCUUGUCUGAUGAAUCACACUUUCUUUUGCAUCAUGUGGACGGCCCGGGGGCAUGUAUGUCGCUUACCUGGGGAAGAGAUGGCACCAGGAUGCACUAUGGGAAGAAGGCAAGCCGGCGGAGGCAGUGUGAUGCUCUGGGCAAUGUCCUGCUAGGAGACCUUGGGUCCUGGCAUUAAUGUGGAUGUUACUUUGACAUGUACCACCACUGUUGCAGACCAAGGACACCCAUUCAUGGCAAUGGUAUUCCCUAAUGGCAGUGGCCUCUUUCACCAGGAUAAUGCGCCCUACCACACUGCAAAAAUUGUUCAGGAAUGGUUUGAGGAACAUUACAAAGAGUUCAAGGUGUUGACUUGGCCUCCAAAUUCCCCAGAUCUCAGUCUGAUUGAGCAUCAGUGGGAUGUGCUGGACAAACAAGUCCAAUUCAUGGAGGCCCCACCUUGCAACUUACAAGACUUAAAGGAUCUGCUGCUAAUGUCUUGGUGCCAGAUACCACAGCACACCUUCAGAGGUCUUGUGGAGUCCAUUGCUCUAUGGAUCAGAGCUGUUUUGGUGGCACAAGGGGGACCUAUGCAAUAUUAUGCAGGUGGUUUUAAUGUUAUGGCUGAUUGGUGUAAUUAGUUAAUAGUUGGGUGAGCUAUUCUUAUUAAAGACAUGACAUUAAUGGUACAUUCACAAAGCAAGGUUGUAAGAAAUCUGUAAGGACUGUGGUUGAACUCAGGAAAAUACUAUUUUGGCAUUGAGUCUGUGCUAAAAUCUCACUGCACUGACAGAUUUUAACUGUCACAUCCUUUGUUGCAUUUCUUCACCUAUGUUCCCACAGGCACGUAAAAUUUAACACUUAAAUAGCAACAGAGUAAAAGUGUAUGAAAAUAGGAAAAAAAAAAACAAUUAGUUACAUUGUGCUGGGAUGAAAAAUAGAGCCCUUAGAUGUUUAAAAUUUAUGUUAUUAAUAUAAACUUAUAAAUAAUAUUAUUUAAUAUUAUAUUAGUACAAUUAGUAUAGUAAAAUCAGUUUGAUAGUUCUUGUAGUCUUUCAUUACACAGUGCCAUACUUUUUAUGUAUGCUUAAUGAAGUUGUACUUUGUGUACAUUGUGACCAAAUUUAUUUAAAACCAGCUCAUCUUUUUUUAAAUUAAUUAAUUUAGUGUUUUUGUAAAUACAUUGUGAGACAUGCUUAAUACACUAAACUGGCUGAUAUUAGAAAUUGAACUGAGACAUCCUUAAUGUAAGGGUUCUUGGACUUUUCUCAAGCUGAGUGUCUUUCAGGAAUAUCUAAUAAAUAAAUAAAAUAUCAUUAUAGGAGUUAGGAUUAGGUUUAGUUAAAUCAUUUUACAUUCAAACCUAUAUAGCAUGUCAAGCUAUGUUUUUUUUUUUUUUUUUUUUACUUUUUUCAGAGCAACACUAAGUAGUUAAUAUUAAUAGACUCUGACUGCAAUAUUAUUUUACAAUGUUUACAGUUUGUAUUGCUAUUUUGGUAUAAAUUUAGCAACUUGAUAUUAAAUUUAUAUGCAUCAAAUUGAAUUGGCCUGCUGUUUGUGUUAUAAAUCAUAAUAGAUAAUUUGCUAGUUAAAUUAAUCAAUAAUCAUGGGAAUAUAUUUUAAUUUAUUGACAGUGUCAAAUAGUUUGUAUCUGUGAUGAAAUUUAUUUGUUUUUAUUUUGUAAUGCAUCAGCUUAAGGACGUUUUUGGAAGCUGAACCAUAAGUCUUAACCUAAUUGCUAAUGUCUUACUCCUGAAAAUGUGCAAAUUAAUAAAUGAAGCACUUUUGA